AUGGCUAAGGUGCACUCUCUCCUCUUCUUCUUCCUCCUCUCGCUCUUGGCUCUGGGCUCUAGAUCCAGGGGAAGCGAGAGCAAAUGGGCCAGGCAAUCUGUUGAUUUGACAAUGGCUGGUUUCGCUGAGUCACUGAGGCUAGAAAAGUUUACUGGCGUGAAUGUUAAGAUCUGGAAGUCCAAGGUUCGCCUCUGGUUUACUGCUAUGCACAUCUGGGACAUGAGACUUGGCAAGUCUGAGGGCGUACUUACUGCUGAAGAGCAGAAGAAGUACGAUGAGACCAAUAAUCUCUUUGUCGGAUGUAUCAUUAGCAAUCUGUCAGACGGAUUAGUCCGUGUGUACAUUGAUGAGACAGAGGCGAAGACGUUGUGGGAUGCUCUGGUUGCAAAGUAUGAUGCAACAGAUGCGGGCAAUGAACUGUACCUCAUGGAGAGUUUCCAUGACUACAGGAUGGUGAAUAACCAUUAUGUGGUGGAGCAGGCGCAUGAGGUGCAGUGCAUUGUCAAGGAUCUUGAUCUCCUUAAGUGUCCUAUUCCCGACAACUUUGUGGCUAGAUGCAUUAUUGCAAAGUUGCCUUCCCAGUGGAGGAACUUCGCCACAACUCUGAAACAAAAGAGACAAGAGAUAUCAGUUGAAAAUCUGAUAGCGACUCUUGAUGUUGAGGAGAAGGCUCGGAAGAAGGAUGUGCCUGAGAAAGGAGAUCAAGGCCAGUCCAGCGCCAACCUGGUCCAAAAGUUCCCACAUGGCAAGAACAAAGGGAACAACAAGCCAAACAAGACCACUACCUUCAAGAAGAAGAAGAACAAGGCUUUGCAAAAGUGCUAUGCAUGUGCAUGUGUUUAA